CUUCUCCCCGUCGUUCACAAGUGACGAAAUCAACACAACCUCGGUGUGACAGUCACUGCCGCCAAGAUGCCUCCUAGGAAGAAACAAGAAGAGACAGACAAGCAGACUCGUAUUGCCAUCGUCAACAGCGAGAAAUGCAAGCCUAAACGAUGCCGUCAGGAAUGCAAGAAGUCGUGUCCUGUGGUGAGAAUGGGUAAACUCUGCAUUGAGGUCACCAUCAAUGACAAGCUAGCAUCCAUCAGUGAGGAGCUUUGCAUUGGAUGUGGUAUAUGUGUGAAGAAGUGCCCAUUUGAUGCCAUUAUGAUUAUCAACUUGCCCAGUAACUUGGAGAAGGAAACAGUCCACCGCUACAACAAGAAUUCCUUCAAGCUUCAUCGACUUCCUGUUCCACGCCGAGGUGAAGUCCUGGGAUUGGUUGGCACAAAUGGAAUUGGGAAGUCGACAGCACUAAAGAUCUUGGCUGGAAAACUGAAGCCCAAUCUAGGUCGCUUUGCAGAUCCACCAGAUUGGACUGAUAUUCUUACCUACUUCCGUGGUAAUGAACUGCAGAAUUACUUCACUCGCAUCUUGGAAGAUGAUUUAAAAGCCAUCAUCAAGCCUCAGUAUGUAGAUCAGAUUCCCAAGGCUGUCAAAGGCUCUGUCAAAGAUCUGCUUAACAAAAAGAGUGAUAUUGGUAACUUGGAUGAGAUGCUCACUGUCCUGGAUCUGCGGAGCGUCUUAGUGCGCAACAUAGAAGAUUUGUCUGGAGGAGAACUUCAGAGGUUUGCAAUAGCAAUGGUGUGCAUUCAGAGAGCUAAUAUUUAUAUGUUUGAUGAGCCAUCCUCAUAUCUUGACGUCAAGCAGCGUUUGAACGCCUCGCGUGCCAUCCGCUCCAUGGUAAAAGAGGAUAACUAUGUGGUGGUGGUGGAGCAUGACUUGGCUGUGUUAGAUUAUCUUUCUGAUUUCAUCUGUUGUUUGUAUGGCCAGCCAGGUGCAUAUGGAGUGGUCACUGUACCGUUCUCAGUGAGGGAGGGUAUCAAUGUUUUCCUUGAUGGCUUUGUUCCAACAGAAAAUCUUAGGUUCAGAGAGGAGUCUCUCACCUUCAAAGUAUCUGAUCAGCUGAGUGAAGAAGAAAUCAAGAGAAUGUGUCGCUUAAAGUACCCCAAAAUGACUAAGAAAAUGGGUGACUUCCAUCUUACAAUAGAUGCUGGCAACUUCACAGAUUCAGAAAUUAUGGUGCUGCUUGGGGAAAAUGGAACUGGAAAAACUACAUUCAUCCGAAUGCUUGCAGGACGAUUGGAACCUGAUGAAGGCAAGUCUGAUUUACCAGAGCUGCACAUAUCCUACAAGCCACAGAAGAUCAGUCCAAAAAGUCAGUCUACUGUGCGGCAGCUGCUUCAUGACAAGAUCAGAGAUGCAUAUAUUCUCCCUCAGUUUGUUACUGAUGUAAUGAAGCCUAUGAAGAUUGAAGAGCUCUUUGAUCAAGAAGUCCAGCAUCUUUCUGGAGGAGAAUUGCAACGUGUGGCAUUGACUUUGUGUCUAGGUGUUCCUGCAGCUGUUUAUCUUAUUGAUGAACCAUCUGCUUACUUAGACUCAGAACAGCGUUUAGCUGCUGCUAAGGUCAUAAAGCGCUUCAUUAUGCAUGCCAAGAAGACUGCCUUUGUUGUAGAGCACGAUUUCAUUAUGGCUACAUACCUUGCAGACAGAGUCAUUGUCUUUGAGGGUCAGCCAUCAGUCAGGACAUUGGCCAAUGCACCCCAGACACUGGUGUCUGGAAUGAACAAGUUCUUGGAGAUGUUAGGAAUUACUUUUAGACGUGAUCCUAACAACUUUAGGCCUCGCAUCAACAAGGAUAGUAGCCAGAAAGAUGUUGAACAGAAGAACUCUGGCAAUUACUUCUUCCUUGAUGUUGAAGGCAAAGGGGACUCAAAGAAUGAUAAAAAGCACUGAAAUUUGAUAUCAUUGGCGCUUAUAAUUUUAUUAGAAAUGCAGCUCUGGCUCCAAGCCACAUACCAUGAGCCAAGCAGUGCUCUCAUAUUCAGACAUGGUGGAUAUAGAUGUAGGGGCACAACUAUCAGCAACCUCCCCAUCAUUCAGGCAAGAGCAACAACAACUGAAGGGAGUACUACUGCAGCUGCAUUUGUCUGCUAUUAGAUCUGUCAAUAUUGACUGUAAAGUUCCAUCUGUAUUAUUUUUUUAUGGUGGAAUUUCCUGCCCUGAGUGAUUAAAAAUAUUUUAGAUUGUAUACCCUGCAACAGCAGUAAAAGAUUGUUCCAUCCAUUUUGAUUCAUGUAAAGGAUUGUAACAGAUUGCAUUAAUGCAGCAGUAGGGAGAAUGAACAGCAGUACAUCAGUACCUCUUGCCAAACUCUCAUACAUGACAUUAUGUACACUGUUCUGUCAUGAAACCAAUACAAAUGAAUCAACAUGUCUUUAAUGUUGAUAUUAUAACUUGUAUGUUUAUUUUUACAAUGUAAUAGUAAAUGAAUUUAGAUGGAUGAUUGUUUUCCCUGUAAUGCAUACUCUUUAAUUGUUGGAGCCUGAAAGGUUGUCUGCACCAUCCAAUGACAUAGCUGUUUGCUAUAUUUCCAUAAUGAGAAUUUCAAGCAGACUAAGGGCUGCAUCUGCUCAUAUCCAAACAUUGUUAUUUUUAAGCGGUCCAAAUUAUGUUUAUAUUAUAUUAUGAGGUCAAUAUUGAAAUGGCAGUGAUGGUA